AUGCUGCAGCAAGGAUACUACGACGUGACGCACUCCGAUAGCUGCACCGGUAGCGAAUCCAACAACAACACGCCCUUCUCGGUGAAGGACAUCCUGAACCUCAAUAUGGUCGAGUCCGGCGCUGGAACGGUGGACGGUGGAUAUCUCAACUGUCAAAUGGAAAGCUCUUCCGGUCACUUCUCGCCGUACGCCAACUACUCCGGGUACGACCCGGCGUAUCACUCGUCGGAUCCGUACGGUCUGAUACCUCACGGCUAUCUGUCGCAAGCCCACCCUCACCACCACGAUCUCGGCUACGGACCAUCGUCGUACGACUUCACCAGCCCGUCGGCGUCCGCGACUUCAGGUUCCGGGCAUGGGCCACCCCCGCACUACUCCCACGUACAGUCCUUCGGCUACCACGCUGGUGGGCCCGUGUCCUCGGCCUCCUCGGCCUCAGCCCUCAGCUCAGAGCUAGACCAGCCCAGCUACGCCGGAUCGGGCGGCAGGACACGUAACGCCGGAGACCAACAGUGCCACUUUCAAGCUCAGGACGUCCGAAGCAUCAUUCUGGACACGAGCCUGGACGAGCUGCCGAGCCCGGUCAGUCCCAUCGGUGCCACGCCGACCAAGCUGAAGGACGAGUGCUUCACGAGCCCAACGACCUGUGUCACGUCCGAGCACGUGCAGGAACUGGACAGCCUCUGCCAAAUGAACAACAACAACAAUGAGGACGAGAUGCUGCAAAAGGAAAGCAACACCCAACUGGUGACGUCAUCGCGCUGCGAGCUGCGCAAGAACGGGAAGCUGCGCUCGAAGCGGAAACCGCGCAUCCUCUUCUCGCAGGCCCAAGUCCUGGAGCUGGAGCGGCGGUUCCGCCAGCAGCGUUACCUGUCCGCGCCGGAGCGCGAAACCCUGGCCAGCCUCCUGAAGCUCACCCCGACGCAGGUUAAGAUCUGGUUCCAGAACCGGCGCUACAAGUCCAAACGCGUGCAGCUCGAGACGGGGCCACCAUCGUUGAAGUGUGACGCACCGGGGCCGCCGGGCGUCCACUGCCCCUCCAGUGACUCCGGGUCCAGCGGCAAGGACUACGAUGACCUGAGCGUCGCCCUCGGCUCGACUCCGGCCACCUACGGACCAUCGCUCGUGGGCUCCGUAAGCCUGGGACCACCGACGUCCGGAGGGGCACCUCCACCGCCACCGCCGUAUUCCGCUUACGGCAUCCACUACUCGGACCAGUACGGGACGCCUCCGCCACCUGCCUCGACGAACGCGUUCUACGACCAGAAACCGGCCUACUGGUAG